ACAGUAUUAGAGGGACUUUUCGGGGCACACUCUUCUAACUCUAUCUUGCAAUCCGCAGGUUAUUGUCCGGGUUUUUCCUGCGGCUUGUAUGUUUGUUUGAAGCCUUCGCUGUAAAGUUUUCAAUUUACAAUAUUAUGAAUUCCAAUGGGAUUUUUUUUUCUCUUUUUUUAAUGCAGUUCAUACUUCUUUAAAAUUUAAGAUACUUCUUCAUCGUUUUCAAGUUACAUAGCACAUCGCUUAUUAUUAUUUUGUCAAAUUUCACUCAACAUGUUAUUUAUACUGCGCAAGAGGCCACGGCCUUUUCUCUGCCUACUUCUAAAAAUAACGAAGGAAGAAUUUCCUCUCUGUACUUUUCAUAUUGCUAUAUCGUCUAAAUAAUAAGUGGAUCGUAAUACCCAACUGGUUUUAAUUUCCACCAUAGACGCCGCGUGUUUGUAUCUUUGCACUAAUCUACAGACGCGGUUAAUCUCGGAGUUAUCAUUGAGCCUGCUGUUUACAGGACGGCUCCUGGUUUUGUUUCACUAAGGCUCUGCCCGUGUUCAUAACGAUACGGAAAACUGAAACACUUCCGAUUCGUACCAAAUAAUUUCUCCGCGACUCCAGAACUCAAGCGCAAAAACUAGAAUCGUGUUGGGAUUGAUAAAAUCAUACCUUAGCUUUGCAGGUCACCUGGAACGUAUACACAUAUCCCUGAAUGCAAGAACUGAAGAGGUGAGAAAAUGGGGGAGGGGGGAGUUUUAAAAUCGUCGUUUGCCUUAUGCAGGAGGACGUCCCGAGGGAAGAGGAGUCAGGUCAGAGACAGGUGAAUAAGCUGGCUAUGGUGACAGGACGAUGUUGGCCAGAAAGAGCAUCAUCCCCGAGGAGUAUGUGCUGGCGCGCAUCGCCGCGGAGAAUCUGCGCAAGCCGCGCGUCCGAGACCGCCUCCCCAAAGCCCGCUUCAUCGCCAAGAGCGGGGCAUGCAACCUGGCGCACAAGAACAUCCGCGAGCAAGGGCGAUUCCUUCAGGACAUCUUCACUACCUUGGUGGACCUGAAGUGGCGCCACACGCUGGUCAUCUUUACCAUGUCGUUCCUCUGCAGUUGGCUGCUCUUCGCCAUCAUGUGGUGGCUCGUGGCCUUUGCCCAUGGGGACAUCUACGCUUACAUGGAGAAAAGCGGAAUGGAGAAAAGUGGUUUGGAGUCCACUGUUUGUGUGACUAACGUCAGGUCUUUCACCUCUGCUUUCCUCUUCUCCAUUGAAGUUCAAGUGACAAUUGGAUUUGGAGGGAGAAUGAUGACAGAAGAAUGUCCCCUGGCCAUCACAGUUUUGAUUCUCCAGAACAUUGUGGGUUUGAUAAUCAACGCAGUCAUGUUGGGUUGCAUUUUCAUGAAAACAGCUCAGGCUCACAGAAGGGCGGAAACUUUGAUUUUCAGCCGCCAUGCUGUGAUUGCCGUUAGAAAUGGCAAGCUGUGCUUCAUGUUCCGAGUGGGUGACCUAAGGAAAAGUAUGAUCAUUAGUGCCUCAGUGCGCAUCCAGGUGGUCAAGAAAACAACCACACCUGAAGGGGAGGUGGUGCCUAUUCACCAGCUGGACAUUCCUGUUGAUAACCCAAUUGAGAGCAAUAACAUUUUUCUGGUAGCCCCUUUGAUCAUCUGCCAUGUGAUUGACAAGCGCAGCCCCUUGUAUGAUAUCUCAGCAACUGACCUUGCCAACCAAGACCUAGAGGUCAUAGUGAUUCUCGAAGGAGUGGUCGAGACUACUGGCAUUACCACACAAGCAAGAACCUCCUAUAUCGCCGAGGAGAUACAAUGGGGCCAUCGCUUUGUUUCCAUUGUUACUGAGGAGGAAGGAGUGUAUUCUGUGGAUUACUCCAAAUUUGGCAACACUGUUAAAGUAGCUGCUCCAAGGUGCAGUGCCCGAGAGCUGGAUGAGAAGCCUUCCAUCCUUAUUCAGACUCUCCAAAAGAGUGAACUAUCCCAUCAAAAUUCUCUGAGGAAGCGCAAUUCCAUGAGAAGAAACAAUUCUAUGAGGAGAAACAACUCUAUCCGAAGGAACAACUCAUCCCUCAUUGUGCCAAAGGUGCAAUUUAUGACUCCUGAAGGAAAUCAAAACACAUCGGAAUCAUGACAGCAAGACAACCUCAAGAAAGUCUUUUAUCAAGUUUUGAUAGUUUGUGCAAAGUACUGUCAGACUAUUCCAGAAUGGAAACACAGUAAUUUGUCCUUCUAUAUCUUCAUGCACUAGAUGAUACUCAUAUUCAAGCAACAGCACUUUCUGUGUCAAUAAACAGUAACACACAAGGUGGAGGAUUCAUGGCUGACACUUGUUUCAUACAUGCAGUAUUUGCAGUUAUAUUAUGUAUAGGAAAUAGUAUAUUCUCAUUUUUCUCCAUUUGAAACCCAAGAAUUGCAUAAUAGACCUUGAAUAUAAAAGUUGGCCAAGGAAUGAUUUGUUCAAGAUGCUUAGAGGUUAAAAACACUAAAAGAGGUUAAAACAGAUUUCUCUGUUUCUGUUGGUCACUCUGGAAAUGCAAAUAGGAUGAAGGGCAGAAACCCAAAAUUUUGUUGGUAACACCUUUUGUAUAUCAACCAGUAUGUUAUGUUGCCUUCUUUUUGUUUUUUUUCCCAGAUACUGUACCUGGUGAGAGGCCUGAGGCAAAACCUGCUGGUCUCUAGUUGCUUCUAAACAGGUUCUAUUCAGUCACCUCUUCACAAUGACCUUUGCAGGUUUCCUCAUCCUCCUGAUGGCAGCCUAUUGGUGGAACUGGGCAAGGAGCUUUAGAGAAAAGUAAGAGCAUUCCUGUCUCAUUUAGGACUGGAUUGCCAAAAGUGACAGUUACUUUUUUGGCUUCUCACUUCUUACAAGCCCCCAUAGGGAAAUACUGUAUUGAAUAUUUUAUUAAAAUAUUUUCUUUGUA